GGGCUGAGCGGGGACAAGGUGUGGGCAGAGCUUGUUGGAGCGAGAGGUCGGUGUGCCAGCGGCAGCGGGGCGCCCGCCGGCUCCAGGAGGCCGCGGAGCUGGGGUGAGGGGCCGGGCCCCAAAAAUCGAACGGAGCCAUUUGUCAGCCUCGCUCGAGCCUCUGCUCUGUGGAGGAGGCGCCGCCGCCGGAGGGACAUUUGAAAUGGCUACUCCCCAGUCAGUUUUCAUCUUUGCCAUCUGCAUUUUAAUGAUAACAGAAUUAAUUCUGGCCUCAAAAAGCUACUAUGAUAUCUUAGGUGUGCCAAAAUCAGCAUCAGAACGUCAAAUCAAGAAGGCCUUUCACAAAUUGGCCAUGAAGUACCACCCUGACAAAAAUAAGAGCCCUGAUGCUGAAGCAAAAUUUAGAGAGAUUGCAGAAGCAUAUGAAACACUCUCAGAUGCUAAUAGGCGAAAAGAGUAUGAUACACUUGGACACAGUGCUUUUACUAAUGGUAAAGGACAAAGAGGUAGUGGAGGUCCUUUUGAGCAAUCAUUUAACUUCAAUUUUGAUGACUUAUUUAAAGACUUUGGUUUUUUUGGCCAAAACCAAAACACUCGCUCAAAGAAGCAUUUUGAAAAUCACUUCCAGACACGCCAGGAUGGUUCCAGUAGACAAAGGCAUCAUUUCCAGGAGUUUUCUUUUGGAGGUGGAUUGUUUGAUGACAUGUUUGAAGAUAUGGAGAAAAUGUUUUCUUUUAGUGGUUUUGACACCCCCAAUAGACACACAGUACAGACUGAAAAUAGAUUUCAUGGAUCUAGCAAGCACUGCAGAACUGUCACUCAAAGAAGAGGAAAUAUGGUGACUACAUACACUGACUGUUCAGGGCAAUAGUUGGCUCUUUUUCUGUUCUUAUUAAACCCACCUAGUUGACUCUUCCUCAGUAUCUUUGAUGCAAAACAGUUUUCUGUGAAAUAUUUUGACACGUGCAUGAUUUCACUUUAAGCAAUUUGAUACAGCUAUUACAAAUAUUUAAAUUGUUUUUGACAAAUUCAGCAACAUUCAGCUAGUAGACACAAAUCUAAUUAUUAAUUUUCUUGAUUAGGAAAGGUUCUUUAAAAAAAGAAUAAUUCUAUCUAGUCUUUUUUCCUUACCUGCCCUGAGGCCCCUUCUUGUGGCCAGUUUUAUUACCAAGAAAAAGAAAUUUUAAAAAGAUUGAAUUUGCCUGAUACAUAUUUAAAGAUGAAACUUUAAACAUUGUUGUAGAUAUAAAUUGUGUGAAUUUGAGUGUUAUUUGCAGUGAAACCUUUGCGAAUUUAAAAUUGCAUGCUUUGUAGCAUCUGUGGCUUCAGUUGCUUUUAAUGUAUAUGAAACUGUAUAUAAUAGAGUCAUUCAGCAAAGGAGAGCAGUGUGCUGGUUAAUUGCCACUGAAAGCUUUAGAAAAGGAUGGUUUGGUAUUUACCACAGAGCCAUGCCUUAUCUACAGUAGAAUUCAGGUAAAAGAAAUGAUUAUAUUGCUCCAUCAGUUAAGCUGAAAAAAAGUUGAAAACUUGUAUUGCCAAGAGAUUGUUACGUGUUUAGUCUCUGACUAAUGAUUUUGUAGGGUUGAAAUCUUAGCUACUUUAUACAGUUUCAUAUUUCUUUAUUAGUUGUUGACCUUCUAAGUCUUAAUAUGAAUUUGUAUGUGUGUGUGUACAUGUAUGUAGUUCUUCCUCUUUGCACUUAUCUUAAUCUAGAGAUUGACUAAUACCUCAUUCUUUUUGUAAAACCAGCCAGUAAUUUCUGUACAACCUUAUUAUGUGCAAUAUUUUUAAAUCUUAAGAAAUGUGUGCUUUUGUUUUGAGAUAGACUUAUUUCUUUAGUUCUGCACUUUUCCACAUUAUACUCCAUAUGAGUAUUAAUCCUGUGGAUGCAUAUUAAAACUAGUAAUUUCUCAUACAACAUUGUGUGUGAGUGAGAGAAAUACAAAUAUAAAUAUUUACAACUUGAUGUUCUGUGUUGUCGUUUUAUUGUUAAAGUUUAUUAUGCAAUUCUAGAGGCAUGUAAGAUAUAUAAAUAGUGGAGCAUAAGCUAAUCAUAGGCCAUAUUCCCCAUGAUGUCAUUUUGUCUAGCCUGAAAAACCCUUAUAGGACCUUGUUUUAUUGCCAUUUGGUAAUUUCUUUUGUUGUCUUAUUACCCUCUUUCUCUCACAUACCUGGUAGAUGAAGAUUUUGUUAACUAUAACUUUGAUGUAUGUACUUUCCUAGAGCAAGUGUUCUGCCACUAGUUCUUUCCUAUUUAGGCUUGAUUAAGGAAAAACAGGCUUUGCAUAAAGUUGUGAUUGUUAAUCACCAUUAAUUUGAGAAAUUUCCCCCUUUUUGCAGUGCUUAGGGUUGAACCCAGGGAUUUAUGCAUGCCAGAUAUUCUACUGCUUAUCUAUGUCUACAGCCCUUAUUUUGAGAACUUUUAAGAAAAUGAAUUUAUUAUAUUAAUAUGCCUUAUUUCCUGGAAAUAAGUAAUUAGAAAAUAGCCAUAUCUUGAAUUUGGGGGCAAGGAUCAUUUGUAGCCUAGUAAGCAACACAAGGCAAAAAUGUCUCAUUUUCAAAUCAAAAUUAACUUUAAAGGUGUAUUAUUUUUAUAUUGUUAGCAUGUGUCCCGCUUUUCUCCAAGGCCUGAUUGUCUUCUGCCCCCACAACUUUCUGAAUACUUAUUUUGAUCCUCUUUUUUUUUUUUUAAACUUAACUUUUGGCUAUUUGACAACUUUUUCAAGGAUAAAUGGACAUUGAGUCAUAUAAGCUUAAGAUACAAUGAAAUUUUAAUAUUAUCUUUAGGCUGCCUAAGUAUCUUUCUUAACAUUAAAGUGAAGGUAUGGGCUUGUAAUAGAGUACUGAAGGUGAGAAGUGGUGUGUGCUGUAGUUUGUGCAGAUUGAAUGUACAAAGAUAGAAAAUGGGA